AUGGCCAGGAAGGAUCUGGCUAUAUCAUUUUUCUUGACAGAUAACAAUGACAUCAAGGUGACCUGUGGAACCCAAAAUGUGCAACUAUCAAUCUUUUUGUGCCCAUUUUACUUUGCUGGCUACAAUGAGAGCCUUGUGGCUUUAAACCGUCAAUUCAAUGACCCCAGAUGUCAGGGAACAGUUGAUGCAUCCGUUUCUCCUCCUGUUCUCAAGUUUACAUUUCCCAUCAGUGACGUCAACUCUACUUUCUGUGGAAACAAGCUGGUGAUCACCAAUGCUCCAGGAACGGGUGCUUUUAAAGAAUUUUCAAACAUCCAGUUUGCCAAUAUCAGCGGUAUGAUAGAAACAAAUGACCCAGUAAUAAAUGUCAUAACGUAUAACCAGGAGCUGGUGUAUUUGUAUUCCUGCUCCUACCCUUUGGAGUAUAUUAUUAAUGAUACUAGAGUGGAUGUGGCAGGAGUAAGUAUAGCCAUCAAUGAUAGGAAUGGCACCUUCAGGAGCACGCUCACUCUUCAGCUUUACAGUGAUGCAGAAUACACAAAUUCCUUGAUCAUCCCAGAAUCAGGACUCACCUUGAAAACCAAGAUUUAUGUAGAAGUAAGAGCUACCAAGUUAACUGACAAGUUCAACGUCCUUCUUGAUCACUGCUAUACUUCAACCUCACGUUUUCAUUUAAAUUCUUCACUAACUUAUGAUCUCUUCAUUGGAUGCAACAAAGAACAGCAGACCAAUAUAGUGUCCAACGGAGAGGAUCAAUUUGCAAGGUUCUACUUUGAGGCAUUUCGCUUCACUGAGCAUCAAAAACUGCCUGUCUCUACCUUCUUUCUACACUGUGCAACACGUCUCUGUGCAAAAGCUGCUUGCAGUGACUUUUAUCAAUGCAAAAGAAGAAAAAGAGAAGCACCAUUAAUAGUCAGUACUCCAUUACCAGAUGAAGUGUCUGAUCCUUCAGUAAUUAGUUCUGAAGAAAUCAAGACCAGGAAUGAUAAUGUGGUGAACACAAAUGAUAAUUCAGCAUCAACCUUAGCUACUCAAGAAGCUAUAGGGGUAUGUACUGGACUGGGCAUUGGAUUGGGAAUCGUAGCUGUCAUCUGUCUUGCCUUGAUUGCAGGAGGUGUACUAGUCUACCGAAAUUUUCAGAAGAAAAGCAUCUUAACCUAG